CCACCCUGUUCCGUUCCCGACCGACAUGUCCACUACUGACGCUCGACAUCUCAAAGCCUGCAGACCGUGUUCCAAAGCCAAGGUCCGCUGCGACCCCGGUCCGACCGAUGCUUGCCAAAGAUGUCAUCGCCUGGGGAAAGAAUGUACCAGGCAGGCUUCAAAGCCGUACACGGGAAAGCGGCAUAAUGUGUCUAGUGACGUCGGUCGACUAGAAAAGAAGCUCGAUAAUGUGACUUCACUGCUCACAGCCUCGCAACGGUACAUAGAAAGCAUCGGUGGCAGCAAUGCUAGUCCAUUGUCUGCCACUGACAACACUCUGGUUCUUCCUCCUGUACUGGAUGAGGAUGUGGAGAAAAUGCUUGCAGAUUUCAAUGAGCGUAUCACAAACUUCCUUCCGUUUGUGGUACGCUCGCCUCGUAUAGGUCUGGACGACUUACGCACUAUAAAGCCAUUCCUGAACUUGGUUAUUCCGGCGGUUGUCUGUCAAGAUGGAUCUUCACAGGUGGCUCAUUCAAUCAAAGCUAGAGACUACUGGAUGGAGCAUAUGCUAGCUAACGGGGAGCAUAGCUUGGAUCUACUUCAAGGAUUCCUCGUGUACCUUGGCUGGACACAGACCAUGGUUCCUGCGCCCCGUGCGACGAUGAUCAAUAACUACCUCCAUAUUCUGGAGGCGCAGGUGAUCAACCUCGACUUUCAUCGGGAAAAUAAGUUGUGUACUCCGGGCACGGUAUUCUCCUACCUCCGAGUCUUCAAAUAUGAUGAACGCAUGCGCAAUUCCCGCAGCCUAGAGGAGCUGAGAGCUUACCUUGGCAGCUAUUACAUGGUCAAUAUGUUAUCACUAUGCCUGGGAGAAAAGGAACCCAUGGAAUACACAACAUACACAGACGACUGCUGCCGCAGAAUCCAAGAAGCAGCCGAAUGUGAAACCGACCCGUACCUCCUGCAGCUAGUUCGCAUAGCCCACAUGGGCGAGAAAAUAUAUCGCGCCGUCCAGUACCACGAAAAGGACACCCCUACCGGCCUAGCACCCAAAGCUAUGGCAAUACGCUGGUUACAGAAGGAAAUCCAGCAACUCAAAGAUUCAUAUUCAGGCGAAUACACUCAAACUCUAAUCCUCAACAUGCACUACCACACCCUUGAGAUGCUCCUAUACCGUAUAGCCUUAGAGCGCGACUUCGAAGACACAACCUUCAACAACUACCCUAUCACCCAAAUCGACAUUCUCUGCGCUUGCCUCAACGCCGCACGAUCCCUAUUCGACACCCUCCUCUCCAUCCCACCCAUCCUCUACCUCCAACUCCCAUACACCUGCUGGACGCAAGUCGGUCACGGCCUCGCCAUCCUGUCUCGACUACUCGUCCACAAUGACCCCACGGGCUGCUGGGACCGAGAGUGGGCCCGGCAGACAAUAAGCUUCGAAAACACCGUCGACACGUUCUCGCUGAAAGUCGACGAAACUGUUGCGCAGGCGACGGCUGAAAAUCUCUAUGUUCCGCCUAUCUUUACGCAUAUUAAAGCUAGGACGAUCAUGUGGAAGGAGGCGCAUCAGGCGCGCUGCGUUACUAUGGAUAAGUGGAGGUGGAAUCAGGAGCAGGUCCAGAUGGCGGCGUCUUCUACAAGUGGGCUUGGGACUGCUGUGGUUGGAGCGGUUCCUGAUGUUAGUAUGGAGGAUUUGUUGGCUAUGGGGCCGAUUUGGAACCUGUUCAGUUUGUAGUUUGGG